AAAACAAGACCCUGUUUGUUUGUCUGUUUUGUUUUAGAGAAAGAGACCCAAAAAGAGAUGGGUAAGAUAGUGGAGAAGAGGAUGAAGAAGAAGGGCAGGCCUUCUCUUAUGGACAUCCAAAAACGAGCCGUUAAAGAACAACAACAGCAAGAGCAGCUUCAGAAGAGAAGCAACACUUCUGCCCAUAGUUCCUUCUCUAAUUACAAAUCUGCCACUACCGUUUCUCUUCGGCGAUCCACCCGCCGGAAUCCGAAUGUUUCCCCAGAGAGGGACCAUAUAGACAAUGAAGAUGAAUUAUUGCGUGGGAAGCGGAGGGAGAAGAAGAUGAAGCUGGUGCUCAAAUUGCCUGCAUCGCAAAAUUCGCCUCGUGAUUCAGGGGCCUCAGAUACUGAACUGAACUUGGAGGUCGAGGACGAUAAUCAUCAUCUUGCAGCGUCGAACCAGGAGAUGCUAAAAAUCAAUGCGAUUGGGGAUGGAUCUGGGAUCGGCGAGAGUGACAAGGCGGAGAAGCCUGUUUCUAGUACUAACCAAGCAAGUAAACACCCAGGGACUUGGUUGGAUUCGGGUCUCUCAACUCCUUUACCUGAUGAAAAGCUAUUACUGUUCAUCCUCGAUAGGCUUCAAAAGAAGGAUACUUAUGGUGUAUUCUCUGAGCCAGUUGACCUCAAUGAGCUUCCGGAUUACCUUGAUGUCGUUGAACACCCUAUGGAUUUCAGCACUGUGCGAAAGAAACUCGCUGGUGGAGUUUAUUCCUACUUAGAACAGUUUGAGAAAGAUGUUUUUUUAAUCUGUUCGAAUGCGAUGCAGUAUAAUGCCCCAGAUACCAUCUAUUUUCGCCAGGCACGAUCCAUACAAGAGCUUGCCAAGAAGAAUUUUGAAAAUUUAAGGCAAGAAAGUGAUGAUAAUGAACCUGAACGCAAGGUGGUGAGGAGGGGUAGACCACCAACCAAGAAUUUCAAAAAACAUCUUGGCAGGCCUUCAUUGGAGCGUGUUGGUUUGGACUUUUCUUCAGAUGCAAGUCUUGCUACUGGGGUAGAAAGUAAUAUAGUAUCCAGUGAUAUGAGAAAAAUCACUCCUGUAUCAGACAAGUCUGGCUUUUCAGACCCAUCAGGACAAUAUGGUUCUCAGAAAAAUUUUAGCAUGUUGGAGAGAAAUGAUGAUACUUCAGGAUUCAUCUUUAAGGGCAGUUCAAUGAAACACGGGAAAAAACAAGUUGUUCAUGAUGAGAACAGGCGGAACACCUACAAGCAAUACCAACCCUUGGCCAGUCGACAGGAUCCAUCUGUUUACAAUGCUUUCGGUAUAGAGAUGAAAAAUCUAAUGCCGAUAGGAUUUCGCGCAGAGUAUGGUUAUGCAAGGAGCCUUGCUCGUUUUGCGUCAAAUCUCGGACCUGCCACAUGGAAAAUAGCUUCAAAAAAGAUAGAAAAGGCUUUGCCGCCGGGAGUUAAGUUUGGCCCUGGAUGGGUCGGAGAAAAUGACAUUGCAAUGAGGCCUUUGGUUCAACCUUCACCAACUGCUGGUCUGUCAUCGUCAUCUGGGCCAUUCUUUCGCCCUGAAUGCCCUGAAAGUUCAUAUCCUGUUGAGAUAUGUUCUACCACCAUUGGUUCUACCACCAUUGAACCAAAAGGGGAGAAAGAACAAUUGUCCGAGAAACUUCACGGACAGAGUUUGUCAGAGAAGCCCUCAGUUCCUCCGGCUUUGACCGACAAUUUAAGCAAGCCCCCUCCUCAAACUACCUCCCCAUCCCUCUCCACUGCCAACAGAUUGUCUGACUCAUGUGUUGAAAAGGCAGAAGUUCUUGAGAGAUUGAAUUCCCUGACUGGGUUGAAUGCUUUGAACAGAAACUCGAAUGCAAUCAGUCCAAGACCUCCCUUUCAGAAAAUACAGAGCCCGCCACUUCACCCUGGCAUGAAAGGAGUCAAUGGUACAUAUGGUUUUAACGUCCAAUCCCAGACGAGGAAAAUAGGUGGUGCUACCAGACCUCUUGGGUUUAACUUUCAGUCGUCUCAGACGCUUGAAAGUGUGUCUAGAGCAAAUGCUAACUUAGCCCGCCCAUCAACUUCAAACGCUAAAAACUCGGAGGAGAUGAAGUUAUCUGAAAAUUCAAGUGCAGUACGUCCAAGCAGUUUGUUGCCUGAUUCUGGGGGCCACGCAUCUGCAUCCCCUGGACCAAGGCUUCUUUCACAGCCAUCUAGGCAAGGAUCACAGCCGCAAGAAAAAUCCGACUCAAUAUUGUCACCACAGCAGAAGCCAGAUUCAGUCCCUCCAGACUUGAAUAUUGGCUUCCAGUCGCCAGGGUCCCCUAGUUCUUCUAAUCAACUUGAUUCAGUGCAGCUAGAUUUAGCAUUGCAGCUAUGAGAAUAAUUGGAGUUAUUCCAUUUCCCUCUCAUAUAAUUAAAUUAACCAUAGAAUUGGUCAGGUUGGAACAAUGCUGCCCCUGGAAGAACAAGAGAGGAAUUCUUGGAUGUAGAGCAAGUCCAAGCUACACCUAACUGUAUUGAGUAUUGUAAAAUGAGUAGGUGGUUGUUUCUGUACAGAUUAAUCAUUAAUUUUUAGGUCCCCAAUGUGAAAACAGGCUUCAUUUGUAACAUUGUAAGACCAUUAUUUAGUCAGAAUAUGAUUGUAGAUACAUCAUACAAGAUGUAUGUUGAUUCAGACAGGAUAAUUCCCAUUGGCCAAUAUACUUUGUGGACUGCAAAUGUGAAGUUGAUUCUAAA